AGUGAACACAGACGCGGGGAGGACUCCGACAGAGGAGCAGAGAAACCGGGACCAUAUCCUCGCUGCUCCGGGAGCUGUUUCUUUCUCCAGCGGACGGAUACGUGGUGCGGAGUCUUCCUGCGGGGACAGCAGCCUGGGUUUGAGGACAGGAGGCGCACGGCUCGCCCGCUCUUCCUCGUCGGACAAAACAGAAGAGCGGAGGUUAACGGAGCGGAGGACUGGAGGCGCAGCGGUGGAGUUGAGAUGUCCUGAGUCACUCCUCCAGGCAGAAAAAGGGGUUUGCUGAUGGGACCGGCUGCGCCACCAUGAGCUUACAAGAUGGCGGCUGCAGCUACAGCAUGGCCACUGCUAGUGGCAGCAUGCGGCGGCGCCUGGAGGACCAGGAGUUCAGCCUGCGGGUUUACCCAGGCACCCUGGCUGAGGGCACCAUCUAUUGCCCCGUCAGUGCCCGCAAGAAUACCACAGCUGCUGAAGCCAUCGAGUCCCUCAUCGAGCGGUUGCACCUGGAGCGUACCAAAUGCUACGUGUUGGCUGAGGUGAAGGAGUUUGGUGGGGAGGAAUGGAUCCUGAACCCCUGUGACUGCCCUGUCCAGCGGAUGAUGUUGUGGCCACGAAGUGCACUGGAGAAUCGCAGCGGUCUGGGAAGUGGCGAAGACUACCGCUUCCUGCUGCGGGAGAAGAACCUAGAUGGAUCUAUUCACUAUGGGGGCAGCCUGCAGAUGUGGCUGAGGGUGACUGAGGAGCGCCGGCGCAUGGUGGAAAGGGGCUUCCUCCCCCAGCCUGCAGGGAGCAACCCUCCGUCCGACCUGUGCUCUCUCCCAGAACUAACUGAGCGCGCCAUUUUGGAAAGCCUCCGUGCGCGUUUCCGCCAGGAGAAGAUCUACACCUACAUUGGGAGUAUUCUUAUUGUGAUUAACCCGUUCCAGUUCCUGCCAAUCUACAAUCCUAAAUAUGUCAAAUUGUACGACAACCAUGCUUUGGGGAAGCUGGAACCCCACAUUUACGCUGUAGCGGAUGUGGCGUAUCAUGCAAUGCUGCAGCGAAGAAAGAACCAGUGCAUUGUCAUUUCUGGUGAAAGUGGGUCUGGAAAGACCCAGAGCACUAACUUCCUUAUUCAUCACCUGACGGCCCUCAGUCAGAAGGGGUUCGCCAGCGGGGUGGAGCAGAUCAUCCUGGGAGCUGGGCCAGUGUUAGAGGCCUUUGGGAACGCCAAGACAGCCCACAACAACAACUCCAGCCGCUUCGGAAAGUUCAUCCAGGUCAACUACCAGGAAAGUGGCACUGUCAGGGGAGCCUAUGUGGAGAAGUACCUGCUGGAGAAAUCACGCCUUGUGUACCAGGAGCACAAUGAGAGGAACUACCAUGUGUUCUACUAUCUGUUGGCCGGAGCCAGUGAAGAUGAGAGGAAGUCCUUCCACCUGCUUAAACCUGAGGAAUACCACUACCUCAACCAGGACUGCUUCACCGUGGAAGGAGAGGAUCUGAAACACGACUUUGAGCGCCUGCAGCUGGCGAUGGAGAUGGUCGGCUUCCUCCCCGCCACACGCAAACAGAUUUUCUCACUGCUGUCAGCGAUCCUCCAUCUGGGCAACAUCCGCUACAAGAAGAAGACCUACAGGGACGAUUCAAUCGACAUCUGCAACCCAGAGGUCCUGCCCACCGUCUCAGAGCUGCUAGAGGUAAAGGAGGAGAUGCUGCUCGAAGCGCUGACGACCAGGAAAACGGUCACUGUCGGAGAAAGGCUCAUCGUGCCCUACAAACUUGCUGAGGUGGGCACAGUGAGGGACUCCAUGGCCAAGUCACUGUACAGUGCGCUGUUCGACUGGAUUGUGUUCAGGACCAACCACGCCCUGCUCAACAACAAGGACCUGGAGGACAGUUCAAAGAUCCUGUCCAUAGGAGUCCUCGACAUCUUUGGUUUUGAGGAUUAUGAGAGCAACAGCUUUGAACAGUUCUGCAUCAACUUCGCCAACGAGCGACUCCAGCACUACUUCAACCAGCACAUCUUCAAAUUAGAACAGGAGGAGUACAGGUCAGAGGGCAUCACCUGGCACAACAUCGACUACAUCGACAACAGUGGCUGCAUCAAUCUCAUCAGCAAGAAACCAACCGCUCUGUUCCACCUGCUGGAUGAGGAGUGCAAUUUCCCUCAGGCUUCCAAUCAGACCUUGCUGGACAAGUUCAAGCGUCAGCAUGAAGGAAACAGCUACAUCGAGUUCCCUGCUGUCAUGGAGCCUGCCUUCAUCAUCCGACACUACGCUGGUAAAGUCAAGUACAGAGUCAAGGACUUCAGGGAGAAGAACACUGACCACAUGCGACCCGACGUUGUGGCCUUGCUAAAGAGCAGCAAGAACGCCUUCAUCUGUGGUCUGAUGGGAAUCGACCCCGUGGCGACCUUCCGCUGGGCCGUGCUGCGAGCCUACUUCAGAGCCCUGGUGGGUUUCAGGGAGGCCGGCCGCAGACACACCCACAAAAAAACUGCAAACGAUGCAGCAGUUCCCUGUACCGUUGUUAAAACUGUCGACAGCUUCAGUUUCCUCCACCACCCAGUUCACCAGAGGAGCCUUGAGAUCCUUCAAAGAUGCAAAGAUGAGAAAUACAGUAUCACAAGAAAGAAUCCCCGCACUCCUCUAUCAGAUCUUCAAGGCACCAAUGCCCUGAAUGAGAAAGCCAGCUGGGAUGGCUAUGGCGUUGGCUGCAACGGUCGCAGCUCCAGAUCGAGUCGUCUCUCCUCAACAGGAAGUCCCGCCCUGGAGGAGGAUGGGAUCUUCCUCAACUCGACCAACAGCAAGCUCCUGGAGAGAGCUCAGGGUAUCCUGAUGAGAAACAAAAACUGCAAAAUCAAGCCGGCCCUUCCCAAGCACUUGUUGGACGUCAAGUCCCUGCGCUACCUGAGCAGUGUGACGCUGCACGACCGCAUCACCAAGUCUCUGCUUCACCUGCACAAGAAGAAGAAGCCACCAAGCAUCAGUGCACAGUUCCAGGCUUCCCUCAAUAAGCUGAUGGAGACGCUUGAUCAGUCGGAGCCGUAUUUCGUGAAGUGUAUUCGAUCCAAUGCUGAGAAGCUGCCAUUGCGUUUCAAUGACACUCUGGUGCUCAGACAACUCAGAUACACAGGGAUGCUGGAAACUGUCCGCAUCCGCCAAUCAGGAUACAGCAUCAAGUACACCUUCCAGGACUUUGUGCGUCACUUCCAUGUGCUGCUGCCUCGAGGCACGAACCCAACCAAGUCAGGUAUCAGGGAGUUUUUCAGACAGAUCCACCUGCUGCCUUCUGGGUAUCAAGUGGGCAACACAAUGGUGUUCCUGCGGGAGGUGGAGCGACAGCGACUUCAAACCCUCCUCCAUCAGGAGGUGCUGCGGCGAAUCGUCAUGCUGCAGCGCCGCUUCAGGGGCGUGCUGGAGCGGAAGCACUUUGUCGACAUGAGACGAGCAGCUUGUGCCAUCCAGAGAUGGUGGCGACGCUGCGUCCUCAACCAAUCCACCAUGGACUUCACUAUCGAGGAGGGGGCUGCGGUUUGUCUGCAGGCGGCCUGGAGGAGCUACACGGAGCGCAGGAAGUUCCUGCAGUGGCGAGAGGCCGCCGUCAUCAUUCAGAGGAGCUGGAGAAACUGCCGCCACCGCAGAACUUUGGCAGCUGUAAAGGUUCAAACAGCCUGGAGGGGAUUCAGAGAGAGGAGCUGCUACUGUCGGACAUACAGGGCCGUGACGCAGCUGCAGACGACGGGCAGAGGAUACCUGGCUCGACUCAGGUUCAGCGAAUUUAAGAAGCAGCAUGAAAGACAGCAACUCAGUGGCCACUUAUCUGGAGAGUUGGAUGCAGAAACCACGGAGGAGCUAACCACAUCAGGACAGGAGAGUAAUGUCCAGGAGGUCUCUGCAGAGCUCUCUGAAGACCACAAGACUGUUCUGUUCGGUGUGGGAGAGACAGAAAGAGGAGAGGACUCGGAGCGAAGCAGGAGCAUGGAUGAGAUGAGCCACAAGAACCGGUCGAAACGAGAGAGCAGACGGAUGAGAGAGUUGGAGCAGGCCCAGUUCAGCCUGAAGCUUCUGAAGGGCCGCACCACUAGUGUAGGAGGUCCUGCUCAGGAGGACUCGGUCCCUGAAGGCGGCACCUCUCAGCUGGAGGAGCAUCACAGACACUCUCCCCGAGGAUCCCCAGCUAGUCAAGGAAGCUUUGAAUUCCUCAGUGUACAAGACAUGGAGUCUGAAGGCUCUGCACCCCAAGAUCAAUCCCAAGCUCGAGAUAUACAACUACCAGAGGACCCGAGAGAUCCAAACCAUAAUGAAAAACCUCUGUCCGAGGUUCCCAGGGCAACAUUUUAUAUCGCUUCUGACCAAAGUCCAGUUCAUGAACCAAAAUUCGAAAGUCCCAGCAAAUCUUACAAAGAGAGAAGGGAGUCUACGUCUCGAAGGCCAGUUGUGGUUUUAAUCAGUAUGCAGAAGGAAAGCCCUGUGGAUGAGGAGGAGCUGCCAGCAGUCCAAAUCCCAGAAAGAGCUCUUCAAACAGGAGCAGCAUCAUCGACUUCUCAAACGACUCCCUUUGUAGGCCUGGAGGUGGGAUCAGAAAUCGACCCGGCUCCCGGGACUGCUCCCCUGGCCUCAAGAGAUGUAAACGGGGUGGAUAAGUCCUUUAAGGUCCCCUCUCCAACUGCUCUUGGGUCAAGUCCAGACGUAGCAGGGCUUUGCUCCUCAGAGGUGGACAUCCAGAUCGUCCUGGAGCCCAAGCCUGCCAUUCUCCAUGGUCAACAGGAAAGGACUGUGGUACAGCCGGCGCAGGAGGCUCCCAGCACGAUCCUGGACACCAAACCUCCCAAAGCCCAGAAGAAGAGCUCAGCCCAGACUGUGAUUGUGAACAUGCUAGAGAAACCGUCUGCCACAGUGUUCUCUCCACCCAGACGCAAACUACCUUUCUCCAAGUCAGAUAAGGACUUGGUGAACCAGGAAAGAUCUCUUGCCAUGUUCAGAGACGACUCCAAAUCUGCUGGGUCCAGAAACAGAGAGUCUUCUCAUAAAGACCAGAAGAAGAUCCAUAAGACCAUGUCAUCGGGAGACCUGGGCAAGGUUGAGGUCCUGAGGAAAACCUCCAGUCAUGAUGGAAGCAGGAUGAGAGGGAAGAUGCGAUUCUGGAGUAAGACGAAGCACGGAGAGAAAAAACUGUCAAGAGAAAAGCAGGCGAGCAGGAGUGAAGCAGGAGAGACACAUGAAGACCCCUCUCUCCUGCAAAGUCUGGACCUUGAGGCGGCUUCCGCAACAGGGGUCAGGGACAGUAAGGAGAGCAAGGAGCUGUCUCCUAAAAUGAGACGACGUCGCAGUGUGAAGAUCAGCAGCAUCACCCUGGAGCCCGCCCAGUGGCAGAACGACGCCCUGCACAUCCUCACGUCGGCCCACGACUACCGCAGCAUGAACGACUUCCUAAUGAAGAAGAUCGCUGACCUGGAUUCUGAGGAUGGUAAGAAGGACACCAUGGUGGAUGUCGUGUUCAAGAAGGCGCUGAAGGAGUUCAGGAUCAACAUCUUCAACUCGUACUCCACUGCUCUGGCUAUGGAUGAUGGGAAGAGCAUCCGUUACAAGGAUCUUUAUGCCUUGUUCGAGCACAUCCUGGAGAAGACCAUGCGUCUGGAGCAGAGAGACUGGAGCGAGUCACCGGUGAAGGUGUGGGUCAACACCUUUAAGGUCUUCCUGGAUGAAUUCAUGACUGAGUACAAGCCCAUGGAGGGAACCAUCGGCAGGGCUCCUAAGCGUGAGCGCAAGAAGUCGAGGAAGAAGGAAACUGAUAUUGUGGAAGAACACAAUGGCCACAUCUUCAAGUCCACCCAGUACAGCAUCCCCACCUACUGCGAGUACUGCUCCUCCCUCAUCUGGAUGAUGGACCGAGCCUGUGUCUGCAAACUGUGUCGUUUCGCCUGCCACAGGAAGUGCUGCACGAGGAUGACGACCAAGUGCAGUAAAAAGUACGAUCCAGAGUUGUCCUCGCGGCAGUUUGGCGUGGAGUUGUCUCGUCUGACCAGCGAGGAGCGGACUGUGCCGCAGAUGGUGGAGAAGCUCAUCAACUACAUUGAGAUGCACGGCCUCUACACAGAGGGGAUCUACAGGAAGUCGGGCUCCACCAAUAAGAUCAAAGAACUCCGUCUGGGGCUUGACACAGAUGUGAACAGUGUGAACCUGGAUGACUACAACAUCCACGUCAUUGCCAGUGUUCUCAAACAGUGGCUGCGUGACCUGCCCAGCCCUCUCAUGACCUUUGAACUGUACGAAGAGUUUCUCAGGGCCAUGGGUCAGCCAGACAAGCGUGAGGUAAUCCAAGGGGUGUAUUCAGUGAUCGACCAGCUCAGCAGGACCCACCUGAGCACACUGGAGCGUCUCAUCUUCCAUCUGGUUAGGAUCGCCCUGCAGGAGGACACUAACAGGAUGUCAGCCAACGCCCUCGCCAUCGUGUUUGCUCCCUGCAUCCUCCGCUGCCCCGACUCGAUCGAUCCUCUGCAGAGCGUCCAGGACAUCAGCAAAACCACUGCAUGUGUGGAGCUCAUCAUUAACGAGCAGAUGAGAAAGUACAGAGCUCGACUGAAGGACAUCAGCAGUCUGGAAUUUGCAGAAAGCAAAGCCAAGAGCAGACUGACCCACAUCAGGAAAUCCAUGAAACCAGUACUAAUUGCUGUUAGGUUUAUGAGCAUUACCCGCACUGCCACCCCGAGCAUAGGCCGCGUUCGACAGAGCAGCACCCGCACGCCCUCGCCUCCUCUCAGCCCCAGAGCGUCUUCUGAGCUGGAUGGAGACAGUGCAGGAGGGGGAGAAGGAGAAGGAGAAGGAGGAGAGGAUGCAGCGGAGGCUGGGCUGAACGAGCCACAGCAGCUGGCGAUGCAGCAGGAGGAGCGGAUCCUCACUGAGCAGAUUGAGAGUCUGCAGAAAGAGAAGGAGGAACUGACGUAUGAGAUGUUGAUCUUGGAGCCGCGGGUGUCUGACGAUGAGACUCCUGAAUCUGAAGCCUCCAUCGGCACAGCAGACAGCUUUGAAAAUAUAACCAUGGAGACCAAAGGAGCUACGUCCGACCCCUCGGAGCCCGGCACUUAUCGCUCCAGAAAGUCGGAGGCAAAGAGCAGACGAGCUCUGCAUCGCCAGCCGGAUUCCCAGGACUCAGCAGACUCCAUCUCCACGUUCUCCUCAUCCUACCACGCCUCCUCGUCUCUCUCCUCAAAUGCCUCCGGCUCUCCGUCCCCUCACUACCGGUUUCGCUCGUCCUCUUCCGGGCCGCUGCUCACCUCCUGCAGUUUGGGCACAACCCCGUUGGGCGAGGCAGAGGCAGGUCACAGAGGUGGCAAGUCCCAGCACAGGCUCCGGCUGAGCCGCAGCUCACCACGCGAGCCCUCGGGAACCCACCGGAGGGAGUCUGAAUUCAGCUCGGGGCCACAGCAGCUGGUUCUGUAUGGCAGCAACGAGUUCAUGGUGUGAAGCCAAGGAGGGAAGGAACGCCCAGCCACCACCUGUUGGAGCACAGGAGGGUGUGCGAGAAGUGGGAGGAGGGAGAGUCCAGGGAUGGAUGAGGCUGGUCAUGGGGCAAGGUUCAUGCCAAAUGUCGACUGCUGCCCCUCCUCUGUUCCCCCCCUCCCUCCUCCCCUGGUCCAGUCAAAGCAGAAAGCUGUGAGAAAUACAGAGGACUGGACGUACCACAGAGAGGGACAAGACAACUAAGAUGGUCAAAGACUGACGACUAAUGUGAAUAGAGGGAUUGAAGUGAAACGUUUUAUGACCCUCUGAUCUCAGUGCUGUUUGACCCCUGCUGGAGCACCAGGGGUCAGUUAAGGGAGAGAAGAAGAAGAAGCAGAAGAAGGGAAGGAUGGGUGGAGAGACACAGUAAAAAAAAACACUCCUGCAAAGCCAAAUCUGAUAGUGCCCUGUCUUCAUUUUUUGCAUGUGGUCAGGUGGUAAAGCCAACCCCGAAGAAAUGUAGCCAUACUGACUGAACUGGCGGACAUUUUGUCUGUAACCAGCACCAAGCUUUUCACGUUUACACAGGACAAACCAGCCAAGAGGCUGCAUGCUUCUCCAUCACACUUUUUCCUAUGUCAAUCUGAAGAAACUGUACAGAAAUAUGUCACAGCUCUAGGUUAUAUAUUAUUAUUAUUGUUAAUAUUAUUGUUAUUAUUACUAUUAUUAUUAUUAUUAUUACAGAGGAAAAGGGUGAAAAUAGAAAGAAACUCCAGUGCUGCUCCUGGGCCGUUCAUUGUUGAUUUGCCUGAUUUCCUCUUCUCUUGUUUUGAAAAGGGAAGUGUCUGGAAUUCAGGUUCCACUUUUUGUUUCUGAGCUGGUUUCAUCCAGUUUCCUUCACUUUGCCUUUUUUGUCUUUUCCUAUAUCACAAUCAAUCAGAGCCAGUUUUGGGUGACCUCGGGUUGUACUCUUCAGAAAUAACAGAAGGAAAAGCCGUCAGUCUGUGCUAUGUGUUGGUUGUUUUGUAUCUGCCUGUCCCUGCAAGCUCUCUGUUUUCUCUCUGUUUCAUUCAGAAGCAUCAGUGUUACUUUUGUCAGGACUUGAAUAUUUUUUUAAUAUAUACUAUUGCUGUAUUAUACAUUGGUGUUGUUACUGAUAUCAAAGAUGUCAUGUUUGUUUCCUGUCAAUAUUGUUUCAUGGUUUAUUUUUGUUCAGAUGAACGCCUGACUGUGCGUGUGUGUGUGCCUGAAUGAAUGAAUACUUCAUGCCACUGUAUCAGCUCCCUCUCGGUGCAUGUAUAGUCGUCUCUAUACACACUUAUACGUUUCCCCUAUUAUUCCUAUAAGGGUGGGAAAUCUCUCCAACCAUCAUGUCACACUAAAUCUAACCCAGACUUACCAAAUAAUGGUUCCGAUUUUCACUGCACCUUUGGGGGAAACUUCUGCACUCACAUACUCACUCCGUCCAUGUCGUCCUCUGAGCCGUCCGCCAUACAUUCUUCUUCUUCUCAAACACAAGCGUAGCUCUUCCAUCCUCCUGUCUCCCGGCUCUGGCUGUGAAAAGUAGCAUUUAACCUGCAGACAAAGAAGUAGCAUCUAACACUCAGACUGUCCUCGUGUUUCUGCAUAAUCCUAAUCUGUCUCUGUCCAUGCAGUGUCAGUGUAAUCUUCAGUUUAACGGACAUACUCAGUAUCUUAACAGCGAUGAUGUCUCUGUACUAAAGCUGCAAAAUCCCUCCUCGCUUGCUGCGUCUGUGAUCAGAUCCCUGUGGGCGACUCUCGCUGCGAUCUCACCAACACAAUCCGUGUUAAUCGACUUUUCCUUGAAGCUGGAAGUCUCCGUGAAGACUGUGCUGAUCUCAGGUGUGAGAUGCAGGUGUGGAGACUUGCAAUGUGUUGUCUUUUUAUAACACUAGCUCUAGACCUGUAGGAAAGAAGAAAAAAGUCUGUUUCGAAGGUGAGAUGAGAAGACAAAACUGAUUCCUGGUCAAAUAUUCGAGCUGGUAUUUGGACAUGUCCAUGGUGUCUAUAUGGCAUUCUGAAAAAAACUAAAAGAAAAGAAAAAAAAGUGAAUGUACCCGUCACUGGAAGGCAUGCUGUGCUUUCUCUGGUUGUUUUUGUUCCUCUUUUAUACACAGUGUAUGUACUAUUUAUGAUCAUGCUUUUGGGGUGUACAUUGAUUUAAAAGAAUCUGUUAUAUAAGGUGUUAUAAAAGGAUAUAUUAUCCUAUGUACGGUUCAUUAUCUACUAUUAAUCCUGGCAACAUUUUAUCAGGCCACGAUGGGUCUGUCAUGUUUGUGCUAUACGAAGCAGAAAAAAAAGAAAAGCGCUGUGUCUCAUUGUCUGCACGACUCUGGACACGGUUAUGUAUAAGGUGCAAUUUGUGUUAUAUUUCCUUUUUUAAUUAUACGAACAUGUCAAUGGUUGUAAGAAAAAAAAAGACUUUAUGGGGGAAAUUUCAUCUGCUUAUUAAAAAAGCAAAACUGCUGCCAAACACA